GCCGGCGAUCAGUCCGAUAUCCUUUCGUGAAUAGCCGGUUCUUCUGUGUCUUUCUCAGGUUCCUUUACGUUGAUCCAGUUGAUUUCUUCUUAACUUUUUUAAUCCGAUGUUCUUUCGUUUCGCGAUGUUAUGGGUCCGGGCAUUCUUUGGACUGAAAUUCAUUUUUCAGAUACAAAAUUCCAUUUUUUUUUAUGUUUUUUCUUUUUCCCAAAGAUGUAUAUUUAAGGAUGAGAAGGCUAUUUUUGGAAAAAAAAAAGAAAGAGAGAGAGUCAUUGGUAUUCUGAGGCUAGUUUGAAAGGGGCAGCAUCUUGCCUAGAGUCUUUACCAAAACAGUAUCUUUGGAUUGAUUUUUGUAUCACGGAUUGGGUUAGCUGGCUGAGAGAUGAUGCAUUUCAGCAUGAGCUAUUUAUUUGUCGGCUCUGGAAUUGGUUCAGGUACUAAUUUGGUUGUCCUAAGAGUAGAAUUUGUUAUUGAUGGGACGACCAAAAGAAGUCACCUUAUGGACCUUCACGCACAGAGGGCAAAGGGUUAGACUUUAGAGGGAAGGUGCAAGGUGCUAAUUAGUUUUUUCUGGUGGCAUCUAUUUGGAUUAGGUUGAUGUAGUAAUUCUUUUUUGACAAGAAUUAAUCAAAGUCUUUGUGGUUUUUGUUGUGUGUUUUACAAUAUUAGUCUACCAAUUUCCUUCUAAGAUUAUCUAUUGGUGCCCAAGUGGUGGCAGCUCAUUCAUCACCAUUGCGAUCACUGCCAGUGCUUGUUUACCAACUGCAUAUAAUAUAGAUAUAGUGCUUCUGGCUUCUGCCUGAAAUAAGAUUUAAGAGUGAAAUUUGGUUUUGCUGCUUCCAUCAUAAUAGCUACAAUAAAAAUUAACCAUUUAGAUAUUUGUACCUAUUUUAUUUUUCUAUUUUAUUUUCCUCAUUCUUGAUAAUUUUUUUUUUUUUAACUAAAAGUGCAUAUUGGUGGUGCUUUUUUCCCUUUAUUUCGUUCUACUCUUUUUCUUUCCUUUUCAGGGACAAAGGAUAGUACAGUCUCUCAGCAAGACAAGGUUGAACCAAAAGGUUCCUUCCCUUCCUUCUCUUCCAAAAUACAUAAACACUGCAAACUGCGUGAAAGAUGAGGAAGCACCAGCUCUUGAAGAUGUUGAAGUUCUUGAGGAGGUGGAAAAAAAAAAGAAACGCCACUUGAAUGUUGUGUUCAUUGGUCAUGUUGGUAGAUUUUUCUACUUAUUGUUUAAAUUAAAAGUGGGGGUUUUUCAUUUUUAUGUCCUUUGUUAUUCUUUAUCAACUGGAAUGUUCAAAGGCCAAAUAAAAGGGAGAAAUGUGUUUCACAUUGUUGUUUAUUAGCUUUUUAGUUUGAGUUCAGGGAUUGGUUGACUAGAUGCCACAUAGAAAUAAUUUAAUGGUUUGGCAUUUUCUAAGAUCCAUUGUGGAGUUGACUGUGUUAAUUGUUUCCUAGAACAUAUUGUACACAUGCUUGAAUGAUUAAAGACUUUCAAAAUCU